AUGAACUCAAGACCUCCGGUCCGUCCUAUCCAGCUCCAGUUCCGUACCCACACCAUUGCGCCGUCUCCCCCGCUACCAGAACCCAUAUUCGAAGAGCCCACGCCCUUCUCCGCCGACGACCCGCCUUAUCAGCCGUCACCCUUGGGAAGUUCUCGUAGUGGGAGAAACCCACUUCAGAUCACGACCGAUAUCCGACCAGAAGCCCCCGCCCGCACCGAUAGCUUGAACAGCAACUACGGAUUAAGCGCAUCAUCGCGCCCUGCUUUGCAGCAUAAGUCGUCCACUUCGAGUCUCUAUCCCAUAUCGCGGACGCCGUCGUUCAAACGGGCCAUUGCCAAUAAUAUUGGCUCUGCCUGCAGCUCCGCCGUGGCGAGUCCGAUAAUAACUGCCAUGGGAGACCUGACGCCUCUGCCUUCACCAUUACUAGUAGGUGAUUCGCCAGGUCCGUGGAGGAGGCUCGGAGCCCGGCCGCCCUCCCGAGAAGCCGCACCUCACGUCAUGCCCGACUCGGUGCUGGUUACGGCGAGUGGUGAAUCCGUCGCUUCCGCCAUGGCGCACCAGUCUAAAAGGAAGGUGUAUGCCGGGCUCAACGCCGAGGAUGCCGUGGAGAAUGGCACUGGGGACCAGGGACACGGGCGGAAUAGAAGCAUCAGCGAGUAUAUCCCGGACCCCAUGGCAAUACCCAAGAGACAUGUCACGGUAUCUGGUUCACACCCGCGGUCUGGCGAGGGCGGUCUUAAUGGCACCGACGAUCAUCACAUGCGCCGCGAACCACAUCUGUCAGCGACCCGAGGACUCGGGCCAGCUGCCGAGCCCCCGACCCCACCUCCCAGCGAAUCUUCUCAGAGUAACGAGAAGAAACCGAAAUACGAAUUUUUUGAAGCGUACGGUCGGGACGAUAAGAAGCUCAGGAGAUGGCGAGCGAUCAAGAAGCUUGGCGAAGGUACUUUCAGUCGCGUAAUGCUAGCCACGAGCCAAACAACGAUAGAGGAUGAUGAGGGCGAAAGACCAGAACACACGGAUGAUGACAAGUCAAGUUGCGAGCCCAAAUUGAAGACGUUGGUUGCGGUAAAGGUUUGCGAACAUGGACCGCGCGGCGGAGCCUCCGAGACCCGGAUCGAGAUGAGUCUCAAACGGGAGCUGGAAAUCAUGCAGUCGAUACAUCAUCCAUCCAUAGUCCACCUCAAAGCUUGGAACAUCGAACAGACCCGGGCGCUGCUGGUUCUCAGCUACUGCCCUGGUGGCGAUCUGUUCGACGUUGCGACACGGUAUCGGGAACUCCUGACGCCGCCAUUGCUGAGACGCAUAUUUGCUGAGCUGGUUGGUGCUGUGAGAUAUCUACAUGAGCGUCGGAUUGUUCACCGAGAUAUCAAGCUCGAGAACGUUCUUGUGAAUAUUCCUGUGCAAGAACUCGCCAAAUCUAACCACAACUGGGCAACGUACCCCGACUCCAUCAUCACCCUCACAGAUCUCGGCCUCUCCCGCCGCGUCGCCGACGAUGAGAAGCUAGAGACACGCUGUGGUUCUGACGACUAUGCUGCCCCAGAGGUUAUUCUGGGACAACCAUACGAUGGACGAGCCAUUGACGCCUGGUCAAUGGGUGUCCUGCUCUACGCAUUACUUGAAUCGCGUUUACCGUUUGACCCACCACCAGGCGCAAGCGAUGCACUUAGGAUGCGCAGCCGCACAAGUCACCGUAUCGCCCGAAUAGAAUGGCGAUGGAUCGAAUAUGCAGGAGAUGAUGGAGAUCACGAAGGCGAUGAGGCCAAGUUCAAAGCCAAGGGAUUGAAGGGGGCGAUGGAAGUCACAGAAGGGCUUCUCAAACGAGCCAGGAGUCGCUGGCCCCUGGAAACGGUGGCGGAAUCCGAAUGGGUUCGUGAUGCUAUUCGAAUCCAAGAUGGACCGAAAUUUAAAGAGGAAGAAGAAGGCGAAGAAGUAUUAUGA